AUGCAGGUCCAGGUCAUCUCCCCGAAUGUCGUCGAGAUCUGGGAGGCCUUGAUCACGUUCCUCAUGUUCCCGACCCUCGUUGCGAUCUCCUGGCUGGCCAACAAGGGGAAGCUCGAGUUUAUGUCGCUGGAGAAGAAGUCCGAGGAGGAGACAGGUCUGCUGGCCGCGUCCGUGGCCGAGCGCGAGCCGGUUCCGGCCACGAACAUGCGGAAGAGCCAGCAUCCCAGGCUUCCGAAUGCCACCUCCAGCGUGGCGGGAACUCACCGCAGAGCCUCGCAGCUCAGCGCCACGCGGGCUCCCCCCCCGAGCGCGUCCGGAGAGGCAGCACCCCCCAAAGAGGCAGCUGGAGGGCAGGAAGACCAGCCCACUCCGGCUGGGUGCAUGAACGGCAAGGACGUCAAUGAUCCGACGACGAGCGAAGCUUUGGCGGCGCCGAAUGGCGUCAUCACGUUCAGAAGCGACUACGUGGAGGUCAACAAUGGGGAGACAAGCUGCACGGAGGAGGGCGGCUUUACGCUCCAUGUGGAAAUCCUCCGCUUCAACGGCUGCGAGGGGCGGGUCAGCUGCAAGAUGGAGUUAGAGGGGCUCUCCGCCGUGCCAGGAAAGGACUUCUUGGAGCUCGCGGAUAACCAGCUCGUCUUCGAGUCUGGUGAGACGUCCAAGCAGGUCCCGGUGAAGAUCCUCCAGCAGCGCCCUGAAGAGCCCGACGAUCUCCUGCAGCUGGUGCUCUCGGAGGUCGAGGGACCGGAGGAGGGUGGGGUCAUGUUCAACCCUCACGACGAUGGUGGCCGUGAGAUGGCGCUGCUGACCAUCGCCAUCAAGAACAACCCAGAGCCCCCUCUCACAGAAAGGAUCAUCGACCCUGACAAUUUCAGGCGCGGUUUGGAGGAGUGGAAGGAGCAGAUCCUCAGCUCCAUCAAGCUGGAAGAGCCCGAGGCAGAGGAAAAUGAGGAGCCUCCCAAGCUCGGUCCCAUGGACUACGUCCUCUUCGUGGUGGGUCUGCCUUUCAAAGUUUUCUUUGGCUUGGUGUGCCCACCAGCGUGCUGGGCUGGCGGGUACUUGCUCUUUGUGGUGGCGCUUUUCUGGGUCGGAGCCGUCACUGCUCUCAUCAGUGACCUCGCGUCGCUUUUUGGCUGCUGUGCAGGCCUCCCAGAUGCCACGACGGCGAUCACGAUCGUGGCUAUGGGCACGUCGUUGCCGGACACCUUCGCUUCAAUGGCGGCCGCCGCCAAGGACGACACUGCCGACUCUUCCAUUGUCAAUGUGACAGGCAGCAACUCUGUGAAUGUCUACCUUGGCAUUGGCAUUCCCUGGUUGGCUGCGGCGCUCUACUGGACCAAUGGGCCGGUGGAUGCCUGGAGGUUGCGGUAUGCGGACCUCCCAGACGUCUUGAACAACUAUCCGAACGGUGCCUUCGUCGUCAAGGCCGGUGCCCUUGGCUUCAGCGUCCUCCUCUUCAACUGCGUCGGUGUCGUUUGCCUGGUCGUUCUGCGCGUCCGGCGUUUGGCGCUGGGUGGUGAGCUGGGCGGCCCCAAAAGCGCAGCUUGGGGUUGCUCCAUUACGCUCUUCACUCUUUGGGCCGUCUACAUCGCUUCGUCCAUCUGGAGGAAUUCGUCAGAAGACGCGGAGGUCAUGGUCAUUCCGUGCGCCGUGCUGGCGGUCCUCGCUGUGAUCGGCGGCGUCGCCUUUGAGCUGUCGGGCAAGUUCCGGUAUGACCCGGCGGCAGCGCAGGAGAAAAAGACAGCCCGGCAGGAGACUGGAAAGGACAACGGCCCGACGGUGAUCUUGAAUGUCGAGGACAACGGGAAGCUGGACGCGAAGAAUGUCGAUGCUGGCCUUGAGCCGAAGAUGAUCGGCGCAUCGGAGGACAUGAUCGUGCCCAAUGCGCAAGAGGCGCCCAUGGCCGAGAAUGCCAAUGCAAUCGGGGACUCCUUUGAGCCCGCAGCGGAACCGGCGCCAGCGCCCUCGGAGCCGGUCGAGAUGCCACCUGCGCCGGAGGCGGCUCCCGCCGUCCCCGACGCCCAAGAAGGCGACGCCGUUCCCAUAGCCAAGGAGGAGCCUGCGACGCCCCCGGCCUCCCCAACGAAAGAGGAGGAGGGCGAGAAAAAGAAGAAAGGACCCAAAAAGUCCACGACAGAUGCCGCGAGCAAGAAAGCUGCGGCCAAAAAGAAGCCGGAUUCGAAGGAGCCAAAAAAGUCCAAAGUCAUCGAGCCCACGGCCGAGCCGACGGCCGAGCCGACUGCCGAGGCAACCGCAGAGGCACCCGAUGCUGCGCCACCGGCGGAGGCCCCUGCAGAGCCACCUUCAGCCUGA